AUGACUGUGACAGCACGUACUCCUAGAUUGAUUAUAGUCCGACACGGACAGACAGAAUGGUCGAAAUCUGGCCAAUAUACGUCUUAUACAGAUCUUCCAUUGACUGACUAUGGCGUUCACCAAAUGCGAGCAACAGGCCGGAUGUUGGUUGGAUAUGGUGUGACCAAUUUGGUUAAGCCAGCUGAAUUGAAGGUGAUCAUUAGUUCACCUAGGAAAAGAGCUCUUCAGACCCGCGAUUUGCUUUUAGAGGCUCUUCCAGUUUCUCAGAAGAUGGGCAUUCGUAUGGAGGUCGACGAGGACGUUAGAGAAUGGGAAUACGGAAAUUAUGAAGGAAUGCUCACGGAAGAUAUCAAGGCGGAGAGAAAGAAGAAGGGCUUAAAGGGCCAGGACGAUUGGACCAUUUGGGAAUUUGGCUGCGAGAACGGAGAGACUGCUGAUAACGUCACUGAGCGUGUUGAUAGACUCAUCGCCAAGAUUAGACGAUACCAUAAAAAGGCAUUGGACAAUAAUGAGUUUUGUGACAUCAUGGUGAUUGGUCACGGUCAUAUUUUAAGAUGUUUGGCUGCCAGAUGGGUUGGCAAAUCGAUAAACACAAACCCUCAAUUCAUGCUAGAUGCGGGUGGCGUUGGUGUGUUGAGCUAUCAGCACCAUAACAUUGAUGAACCUGCCAUCUACUUAACUGGGGCAUUUUUAGUUCCCGUUGAGGAAGAAGGAGAGAGUUUAUGA